UCUAGCACCGCUCAGCUCGAGUCAGCGCUUCCAGUGAACUGAUUUCCCCCAAAAAGCGAUGGCGGGAAUCCAUCGCGCCCUUAAUUGGAAAAAUUCACCAUUGGCGGUUCUUUCCCUAUUUAAUCCCCCAAUUUCAUCACUUUCGUUACGCUCAAAAUCCAUUUUCCUCGCUUCACCAUUUUGCUGCCAUCGAUUUUCCAGUAUGGUUCAAGCAGAAAUUCAAUGCAAUAGCCCUGAAAUCAAAGAGCCAUCCCCGAAGAUCCCAAAACUCCAACAAAACGGCGUGCAUGAGGUGUCUGAAACUCCCAUUUCUCUAUUUAAGGUUAAAAAGCUCUCUGAAAAAGCUAUCUUGCCGUCCAGAGGCUCUGCUCUCGCAGCCGGCUAUGAUCUCUCCAGUGCCACAGAGACUAAGGUGCCUGCUAGAGGAAAAGCUCUUAUCCCAACAGAUCUAAGCAUUGCCGUUCCCGAGGGAACAUAUGCCCGCAUCGCUCCGAGAUCGGGACUGGCAUGGAAGCACUCGAUUGAUGUGGGUGCAGGAGUGAUAGAUGCUGAUUAUCGGGGCCCAGUUGGGGUUAUAUUGUUGAAUCAUUCUGAUGUGGAUUUUGAGGUCAAGGUGGGAGAUAGGAUCGCCCAGUUGAUUAUCGAGAAAAUCAUUACUCCUGAAGUUGUUGAAGUCGAGAAUUUGGAUGCUACAGUAAGGGGUGAAGGAGGGUUUGGAUCUACUGGUGUUUGAAUUUGUAUCUAUUAGAUGUCUAAUGCCUUGUUAGCUGUUAUUUAGUAGUAGAGUGUUGGAACACUACAGUUUUGUAACCUUAGCCAAAUAUGGUCGGCUUAAGGGGAGAAAAUUUAUAUUUUCUGUAGGUUCUUUUUUAAGUGAUUCAUAAUCAUCAAUGUCAUGAAAACAUUUUGUCUUUAUGCUGCCUGUAAACUCUUCGUAAAGCGAUUAAAUCUGCAAGUGAUACUGUUAGCUGACUA